CUGUCGACUGUCGUCCUCGCCCUCAAUGCUCUUGUUGUUGUUGUUUGUGUCAACUUCUCCAUUGUAAUUUCGCAUAAAAAUAAACAUACGCCGAAUAUCAAAACACAGGGCCCUGCAAAAAAGAAGGCAAAACAAAAAGCUGUGCACAAAAAUCAAAUAAGAAUUGAAAUUUCGGGCCGAAAGCGGAUUAUAAGCAGCAGCAACAACAGCAACAACAACAGCUGUCAAAGUAAGCAAAAGAAAUAAAAACCAAAUUGAACAUUUUCUUUUGGCUCUGCAGACAAAAGGCCAAGUGUGCGAAAAACAGCGAGAAACAACAACUUUUUGUUGUUUGCUGCCUGGUCUGAAAAAUAAAAGUGAAUUGCAGGAAAUAACAUAAAAAAGGCACAGUUCGGUAGAUAGACAUAAAAACGAAUCUUUAACUCCGCAGGCAAAUGAUUCAUAUGGAACUUUAAACGCGUGUCAUGCAAGCUUAUUAACAUUGCGGGUGGGCGCUUGAGAGCAAAAAAAAAAAAAAGAAAAAACAGGAAAAGAAGAAAACAAUCAAAAACGGACGACAAAGACAAUGAAUACCAAAAAGUAAACAGCACAGCUCUAGAGAGCACCCCCUGGAGUAACCGGCGAUAGUGCGUGCUUGUUGGUCAUCAAUUAUUAACAGCAGCACGACAACAACAGAAAUCGUAAUAAAAACAACAACUUCACUUACAACAAAGAGGCAGAUUUUCGCACAUUAAGUGUCCAAGGCAGCCAAAGUGCUGAAAAACGCAUAAAAACAGCAGAACGAGAUAGAGAUACAAUAUAACGGCGCUCUGAUCGCGUUUCGAUGUCAACUUUAUGCGCGUGUUGAUGUGUGUGUGUGUAAUAAAGAAGUGUAUGUGAUCGAAUCAGUCGCGUGCCACAGAUAUUGCCACAAUUUAUCACAAUUGUUCCAUCGUCGUCAUCACCAACAACAACUUUAUAAUCGUCUAGGUCUGGUCAUCCGCUCGAAAGAGUGAAAGUGCACUGAGAAACAAAUUGUUUAUUAAGACCUCGACCGAGUCCACGCUUCGACGACCCAUUGUUUGUGCAUUAGAACAAUAACUACCAGAAGUUUUCCCUCAAUUUAGUGGUUGUUGUUGUUGAAUUUUUUGCUCACUUUUCUUUGUGUGCACUGAUAGAAGGAAAAACAUAAAUUUAACUCAGUGCGCACCAAAACUUUGUGAACUGCAACUGCAUUUGGAUUAGCACGGCGGACUGUGGACCCGAAAACGGACGGAUCCGGAUUGCUUGCUGGGCAAAGGGCUAAAAUUGCUUGACGUAUUAAAUCUGCGCCAAAAAGAAGAGCAAAAAAGGAAAGCCAACAAGACGUGCCACGAGCCGGCCCUUGGAAAAGGCAAUAAAAGUGCAAAUAAACAUGUAAAAGGACAUUAAGUCCUGGAACUCCGCAAAGGGACAUGCGUUCGAUUUCAAAGCAUCAGCAACAACACCAACAGCGGGACGAGAAAAAGGCAAACCAACGAGCAACAUGAAAAAUACAUAUAAAUGCGGACUCAAAUGUGCUUUUUAUGGUUUUGCCAUUGAAGCCAACUAAAGACGCUUCAUUAAGAAGCGGAAACGGAAAUAGCCGACAACAACGCCAGCAACACAAGAAAAGCACCAGCAAUACGGGUAUAUGUGUGAGUGAGUGUGUGUGUUUAUUAUAGCCGCCAUAUCGAAAAAGAAACCAGCUACAAAACCGCUGCGAAACACAGUCGAACACAUGAACUGCACUCAUUGCUCCGAUUUACAUUGUUGUUGUUGUUGCUGCAGCUGUUGUGGUUGUUUUAGCUCUGGGCCUGGUCUUAACGCUUUCACUUCGUUCGUCACUUUCGGUCAAAUUGAAGUUUGUUACAUAAAUGACGAGAACUUUUUGCGUUUGGAACGCAGCACGAAACAAAAAUGGCAGCAAUGCAAUUUUUAAGCACAACCGCAACCAAACAAAUUGCAACUACAACAACAACAACAACAACAGAACCAGCAGCAGUGGAAACAAUUGCGACAACAAUGCGAUCGACUAUAGUAUCAACAAGAACAAAAACAACAACAGCAACAUCAACUACAGGGCGUGCCACCACACACUGGCAACAACAGCACAAUGCUCGUCGAAAAUCAACGACAAGGAGCAGUUGCAUGCAACUCCAUUGGUGGAACAGGCAAGGUGGCAAGGAGACGACAUUAACUGCUAUGGCAAUGCUCCUAUUACUGAGCAUUAUGUGCUGCCUAGAUAUAACCCAAGCGGACGAGGAGUCACAGGACUUUCAAAAGAACAUACCUGCACGUCUCGUCUGGGCCGCUUUGGGGAAAAGUGUGGAUUUACCCUGCGAUUUGACGCCACCUACGCCGCAGGACUCGGUGAAGUUGUUGCUGUGGUUCAAGGACACUACAGGCAUACCAUUAUACAGUCUGGACUCCCGGGGUGGCAAUGUGAAGUUGGCGCCGCACGCCGCCAUAGCUAGCGAUCUGGGCCAAAGAUUGUUCUUCUCCAUUGGCGAUAAUCCCAAGGAUUCGCGUCUGCAGAUAAACGAUGUUAAGCCGGAGGAUGGUGGCGUCUAUCGCUGUAGAAUAGAUUUUUUUAACUCGCCCACACGUAACUUUAGACUUAAUCUAACUUUAGUAGUUCCUCCAGAAGAGCCGCGCAUUUUCGAUGCCCAGGGCAAAGAAAUCUCCCAAAUGGCGGGUCCAUUUCGUGAGGGUUAUGAGCUUUUCCUGUGCUGUCAAGUGAAAGGCGGUCGCCCGCCACCCAAGGUCACCUGGUGGCGCGAUGAGACCGAGCUCAUAGGCACCAGCCACACAUCCGUCGAAGAGGGUGCCACAGUAAUGGUGAAUCAACUGCUCAUUGGAACCACCACGCGGGACUAUUACGGAGCACGCAUCGAGUGCCGGGCCCAGGGUACCAAACUGGUCGAGGCGGUCAGCAAAGAGGUUACCGUGCAGGUGCAUUUAAAACCCGUUCGCGUUAAAAUCGUUACGCCCAACGAACUACUUACUGCCGGGCAUCCUAUGCCGAUUCGCUGCGAGUCCUGGGGCUCAUAUCCGGCUGCCAAAAUUACUUGGCUGCUUGAUGGCGAACCAAUACGCAAUGCCGAGGUCACUGCUCACAGCGACAAGGAGGAUGCGAACAUAACGACCAACAUUCUGACACUGAAGGUAACAUCGGAGAAUGAUAAUGCCGAGCUGACAUGUCGUGCAACGAAUCCUUGGUUCUCUGGUGGCGCCAUUGAGGACAAACGCAUCAUACGUGUCGCAUAUCCACCUAGCGUGUCGGUCCAUUUGGCGAAUGAAGAUCCCAGCCGUGUGGUCACACGCGCCGAGGGUCAAAAUGUCACGUUCAAGUGCCGCGCGGAUGCCCGCCCACCGGUCGCCUCCUAUUCCUGGUUCAAGAACGGCAUGCGAAUGUCGGGAGAGAGCUCGGAAAUCAUGCACUUGACGCAGCUGGAGCGUGAGAGUGCAGGAGCGUACGCGUGCGGAGCGACGAACACGGAGGGGGAGACACGCAGCUCGAGUUUGACGCUAAAAGUGCAAUUCUCGCCGCGCUGUAAGCCAGGUACUGAGCAAACAUCCAUCGGCGCCAUCAACAUGCACUCAAUACAGGUCAAAUGCGAAGUGGACGCUGAUCCGCCGGACUCGGUCAAAUUCAGCUGGACGUACAACAACACAAGAAAUGUGUCACCGGUGCUCAACUCGAGAAUACAAUCCAAUGGACUGGCAAGCACGGUGACGUAUCUCCCGCAAACGGAUUCCGAGUUAAUAACGCUCGCUUGCUGGGCAAGCAAUGCGGUGGGCAGACAGACGGUGCCCUGCCUCGUUCACAUACUGCCAGCGAAUGCGCCGGAGGCUCCUAAGGCCUGCGAACUACGGAACGAUACGGUCCUUGAAGUGGUCUGCGUGGCGGGCAGCGAUGGUGGACUCUCACAAUACUUUCUGCUCGAGGUGGUGGGCGGAGAUUUGCUUUAUGCCAGCGAGUCGGGUCGACAGUUUGGGGAAGCAGCCGGCCUAGGCGACAAUGAGAUAUCUACGCUGAACGAUCAGGCGACAUCUGCACCCAUCUUUCGCAUGCAGGAGAACAGUCCACAAUUUCGUUUGAAUAAUUUAGAGCCCGGACGUGAAUAUCAAUUUUUAGUUUACGCCGUCAACGCAAAGGGACGCAGCGAGCCGCCGGUGGUGAUUGAGCGUGUGCGCGUGGCUGCGCAACUGGGACCAUAUGAUGAAUCGAUUCUGUCGGAGGAUCCAACGCCAGCGGAAACAACGCAUCAUGUGGGCGGCAGCAGCGGAAGCGGCACCAGCGGAGCUGGGACCGGCGCCAGCACCGGCAGUGGACCCGAGAAGCAAUCGACGCUACUAAUACUCGCCGCUGUGGUGGCGAUAGGUGCCGUCAUUGUGACGUCAAUUAUCGUAGCUGGCAUUGUGGUAGUCUGCAGGCAUCGGCCGCGACCACCUGAGCCGCAGGAAGUCCGCAAGAGCAUGCGGCCCGCGCGCAACGAUGUGCCCUCCAUGUACAUUGAGGAGGAGGAACUGAAUGAACUGGAGGAGGGCGGUGGGCGGGCAGCUGAGAUACGAGCCCGUGUUACGCCGGCCACCUCGCACCUUUGCGGUGGGGGAACAGGUGGCGUUGGAUCCAGCGGUGGUGCCAUCUUGGGUGUGGGCGCCGGCGUGGGACCGCAUCAUUAUAUCUCGGAGAGUUUCAUACAGUAUGCGCAGCCCAGUCUAAACGUGUAUAUUGCAGACCCGGAUCUGAUAUUGCCGCGCGGCGAAUUGGAAUUUACGACCCUGGAUCCAGCGCUGAAGUAAUUGUAAAAAGUAAUAUGUAAUACAUAGCAUAAUAUACAAUACAUAACACACAAUGGUGCAGCGUCCGGAAAGCUGGCGCCGAGUUAUAACUCACAGGCAUUUCAUUUUACAUAGCUGUAAAUUUUUUAGCAUAAUUUUAAAUGUUUAUUUAAAA